UCGAUAGAAUCGAAUUGGACCAGAGUCAAAACUCAAAAAGCUUCAUAUCCUUUUUACAUGGAGAGAGAGAGAAAGAGAAAUAGAGAUUAUCAAAAAGGUUAAUCUUCUGUAAAGGUCUUCUUUGUUAUGCUUUCGUCUUGGCCGAUUGCUAGCUAUAUUUCAAUCUCUCAUCUUUCUUCAUCUUCAUCAUCAUCUCCGCCAUCUUCUCUCUCCUAAAGAAGAAGGUGGGUCUAUAUUUGCAUGUCUGAAAGUAAGUGAGUGAAAUCAAUGGCAUUAGAUACGGCGGUCUUCCCACAAGAUCAAUUUGCAUAUGGCUGUAACAAGGAGUUUUUCACUCUCGUCGGAGGAGCAGGCGGCUGGGGGUUCGAUGAACUUGGAUUUCAAGAUGAAUUAGAGAAUAAACCUCUAAUUGAAUCCAUUGAUAGCGAGCUGGGUUCUCAUGUUGCGAACAAUGGGAAUGGGAAUGAGAAUGGGAACUGGAAUAAUUCUUCAAUUGAAUUCUGGGUUCCAAAUUCUCUAUCGCCGGAGAUCUGUAAAAGUGAUGCACACCACCUGUUCGACGAAAUGUCUACUUUAAGAUCUACUCCGGUGACUCCAGCUGGUAGGCGUAAGAGGAGACGAACUAAGAGCUGUAAGAAUAAGGAAGAGCUGGAGAACCAGAGGAUGACUCACAUUGCGGUGGAGCGCAACCGCCGGAAACAGAUGAAUGAAUACCUCGCUGUGAUUCGAACUCUUAUGCCGGCUUCUUAUGUUCAGAGGGGUGACCAAGCUUCAAUUAUUGGAGGCGCAAUUAACUAUGUGAAGGAACUUGAACAAUUGCUUCAAACAUUAGAAGCCCAAAAGAGUGUGUCGCCCCCACCACCGCCGCCUCAAUCUCAGACCCAUAUCGGCGCCGGAACCGGCGCCGGUUCAUCUCCUAUCUUUUCCGACUUCUUUACCUUUCCUCAGUACUCGACGCGUUCGGCGCAAGUGAGUAGCAGUUCUCCGGCGAGCUUAGACACGAUGGCGACGACGGAGAGACAAGUUCCGGCGGCGGCGGCCAUGGGGGAGAUAGAGGUAAGCAUGGCGGAGAGCCAUGCAAACAUUAAGGUAUUGUCAAACCGGCGGCCAAGGCAGCUGGUGAAGAUGGUGGCAGGGCUUCAGUGUCUCAGGCUAACUGUUCUUCAUCUAAACGUCACAACUGUUGACCAAACGGCUCUUUACUCUCUCUCUGUCAAGCUUGAAGAAGGAUGUCAGUUGACAACAGUGGAUGAAAUUGCAGAUGCCAUGAACAACUUGCUAGCAAGAAUUGAAGAAGAAACUGCAAUCAAUCUUUGAGUUAAAACUUUAACUUACCCUCCUUCCAAUUUUUUUUUUUUUUUAACUUAUAAUAAAAUUACUCUGCCUUGA